CACCCUGGGGAGGCUGGUAAGGCGACCCGCGGGGCGGGGGAUAUUUCGAAAGACAGCGCAAGGCUCCAGACCGCCCGGAACAGCCGAGGCGACAGGUGCCACCCGAGAAAACUCGCAACGUCCCUGCUGGAGCGCGUCGGCCUCGCGGUAGCAGGUUUUACUAAAGAGAAGAACUGUUCUAUUACCAGAUUUUUUUUUCCAGUUUCUUCUAUAGUUCAAAAUAUCUCAAAAUGGAGGCUUAAAACCCUUAAAGGGACUUAGUCUAAUCUCCGGGAGGUAGUUUUGUGCAUGAAUUAAAAAAAAAAUUAAGUAGUUGGAUUUUUUGGUUUCCAAAGAAUGUUAAUUUUUAAAAUAUGAGUUAGUUAUAUGUAGUGUAACUAUAAAGUAAUGCAUUUGAUUUUGAAUUUGACUUGUGGAAGUAAAGGAGAAGUGAUUGUAGCUGGGGCACACUGUUGAAGCAUUCUUUUCAAAAUUGGGUAGGCAAUCUUCCACUGGCUGCAGUGUGGAACAGAAAAAAGCACCUGGAUUAGUGAAGAUUUUAAAAUGAGUGACAGUUAUCUAGAACAAAGAGUUAAUAUUCAACCCUCUGUUAAAUUACAAAAAUAUUCAAAUGAAGCUUAUGACAUGUUAAAAGAUUUCUAUGAUGACAAAGAAAUGCCAUGUACAAAACUUUUUGAUAGGUAUAACAAUUUAGAGAAAGCUGGAAAGAUAAACAAGAUAGUUGGUGAAGAAGUUACCCAACCAAUCACAAAAGCACUGACAGAAUUUUAAGUCUAAAAUUCUGUUUGUUUAAAUCUCUGAGAAUGAUGUGAAUGUGAACAAUGUCUGGAUGGUUAAAUUUUGGUAAAUGAACAAACUUAACCAGAAAUAAAGUUUACACAAAGAUAGUGAUGAAUACAAAGGUUUUUACACAAUCUAAACUUUUUGACUAAUUAAAAAAAAUAAUGAAGUUAGGCACAAUAAUUCCCCUGUGAUGGAAAUAAUAAUUGAUAAUGACAGAAUAUUUCUCCUGCCACCUGGAAACAAAGCAUUGAAGUCUGCAGUGGAAAACCCCAACAUCUGUGAGAGCCAGGAAACCAUGCUUGCAAAUCAUUGAUGGAAAAGCAAACAAUUUAUUGGUUAUUGCUGGUAUUACUGAUAUAGUACCUCUUUACUGAAGGCUAGUCAUAAUUGAGAAAUUCUAAAUUGAGAAGGUCUCAGCUGUUCAAAAGGAGUUGGAUUGUGGUAAAAUAAAUUAUUGUUUUUUGUCGUGAUAAAUUCUGGUUCAAAGUGUAUUAUCUGUGAAAUAAUGUCUAAUCAAAUUUCUGUGAAAUAAUUUCUAGCCAAAACCAAAUUUGUGCAACUUGAUUAUCCACUGUAGCCUAAAGACUCAGCACUCUGUGACUUUUGACUGUUUUAAAAAAUAAAUCCAUUAUCAGAGUGAAAUAUUUGAUGUUAGCACUGAAGACAAUUAGAAAAGCAAAGUUCAAAAAUGUACAUGGUAGACAUUGUGCAAUAUAUAUAGUUUGAGCAGGUGAUAUAAGUGAAUAACUCUACAAAGUUAGUUCUUUGAAGGGGACAAAAAUAAAAAAUCUUUAAAAGGCUUAUUAUGUUAAAACCACAUCUAAAUUAUCUUAAGAAAACAUGACAAAAUUAUUUUUCUAACCAAGGGAACAUUAUAUCAUCAUUCUGUUUUUCCAAAAUAAUCUGGAUAUAACACUAAAUUUCAAAGUUAUUUAUUGAUAGUUUGUGGCAGAAUUUUCAUUUGCAGCACCUGUUGUCUAUUUGAUUAUAAAAAAACUGUUUAGGUUUAUCCAAGUGUACCAUUAGAAUGAAAAACAAAACAAAACAGUUGACUUGCCUCAACAGCAUGACGCUGGAUCCAAAAGACUAAUUGAGCAAAAUACAUUCAUCUUUGAUGAUUUAUUUAAAAUAGAAUUUGUAAUUUGCCAAGACCGAAUGGUAUCAUGAGGACUAAGCAGCAAGUUCCUUAUAUAUGAGGAAGUAGUUAUUAUUUAAUAACUUGAAACCAGGUUUUAAAAAGUGUCAGUCAACUUAGCUUGUUCUAUUUUCCCUAUUAAAAGGAUUGUAGGAAAUGAUUUAAUUGGAGAAAGAUACACCAUAUUGGGAUAUACCAUAUAUCAUUGAAUCUAAGGUGUCAAUUUAAGACACACUAUUAUUUUAUGUAUCUCUGAAAAAUAACAAUGCUAAUAUAAUAUGAUGCCAUUAAUUGUAAGAAGCCUCUCAAUAACAGGGAUAUUAAAACACAUCUUAGAAGCGAUGAAGUGCAUUAAUGUAUUCUUUUCCUCUUUUGAGGUAAGUCUUAUGCUUUUUUUCUGGCUAUUAAGUUUCAUAAUCUACAAAAAGCAAAACAAACAUAACUUGAAUAUUUUUGCUGUAUCACACUUGUGGAGCAUAGCUUUUCACCAUGAUAAGAAGCUAGCUACACAAGUCAGUUAUUUUAUCUUACAGCUGGCUUGAAUGCCCCUGAAACAUUCUAGUGGCCUGGAAAAGUUGACCUACCUGUGAGAUGCUUGACACUAUAUGGUAUCCGGAUGACCUAAAACACGCCCCCCUCCACCCCAAGGGUUAUAAUUUUCAUCACAAGUUAUUAUGUAGCAUGUUUACAUAUGUAUAUAUAAAAAUUUUACAAAAGUACAGUUGUGCAUAACUAUCCCUUUAAAGUGUAUGAGUAUAGGAUUUAGAAUCAUGCCAUGCUGAAACCCUAAAUUCAUAGACAAAAAAGAAUGAUUUCACGUUCCAGGCAUUCAAUCUAGUACUAGAACUAACAAAAUCAAAAGCCAUGCACAAAACUACCUCCCCAGAGAAAGGCUAGUCCCUUUUCCUCCCCUCCAUUUCAUUAUGAACAUAGUAGAAAAAAGCACAUUCUUAUCAAAUUUGAUGAAAAGUGCCAACACGUUUGAACUGAAAUACGACUUUUCAUGUGAACUGUACCGAAUGUCUACGUAUUCGACUUUCCCCAUGGGGGUUCCCAUCUCAGAAAGAAGCCUUGCUCGUGCUGGUUUUUAUUACACUGGUGUGAAUGACAAGGUCAAAUGCUUCUGUUGUGGUCUGAUGCUGGAUAACUGGAAACAAGGAGACAAUGCUAUUGAAAAGCAUAAAAACUUGUAUCCUAGCUGUAGCUUUAUUCAGAAUCUAAGUUCAGUUAACAGCCUGGGAGCCACCUCACAGCCUUCCCCUUCUUCUUCAGUAAAUCCCACACAUUCAUUACUACCAAGUUUGGAAAACAGUGGAUAUUUCAGUGGCUCUUAUUCAAGCUUUCCAUCAAAUCUUGUAAAUUUCAGAGCAAAUCAAGAUUUUCCUGCCUUGAGACCAAGCUCCUACAGUUGGGCAAUGAAUACUGAAAAAGCGAGAUUACUUACUUACCAGAUGUGGCCGUUGACCUUUCUGUCACCAAUAGAUCUGGCAAAAGCAGGCUUUUACUAUAUAGGACCUGGAGAUAGAGUGGCUUGCUUUGCCUGUGGUGGAAAAUUGAGCAACUGGGAACCGAAGGAUGAUCCUAUGUCAGAACAUCUAAGACAUUUUCCCAAAUGUCCAUUUUUAGAAAAUCAGCUUCAAGAAACUUUGAGACACACAGUUUCUAAUUUAAGCAUGCAGACACAUGCAGCCCGUUUUAAAACAUUCUUGAACUGGCCAUCUAAUGUCCUAGUUCAUCCUGAGCAGCUUGCAAGUGCUGGUUUUUAUUAUAUGGGUCACAGUGAUGAUGUCAAAUGUUUUUGCUGUGAUGGUGGACUGAGGUGUUGGGAAUCUGGAGAUGAUCCAUGGGUAGAACAUGCCAAGUGGUUUCCAAGGUGUGAGUACUUGAUACGAAUUAAAGGACAUGAGUUUAUCAGACGAGUUCAAGCCAGUUAUCCUCAUCUACUUGAACAGCUGUUAUCCACUUCGGACACUCCAGAAGAUGAAAAUGCAGAGUCACCAAUUAUUCAUUUUGGACCUGGAGAAAACCAUUCAGAAGAUGCAGUCAUGAUGAACAUACCUGUGGUUAAAGCUGCCUUGGAAAUGGGCUUCAGUAGAAGCCUGGUAAAACAGACAGUUCAGAGUAAAAUCCUAACAGCUGGAGAGAAUUAUAAAACUGUCAGUGAUCUUGUAUUAGAUUUACUUAAUGCAGAAGAUGAAUUAAGAGAAGAGGAGAAAGAAAGAGCAACUGAGGAAAAAGAAUCAGAUGACCUAUCAUUAAUUCGGAAGAACAGAAUGGCACUUUUUCAACAUUUGACUUGUGUGCUUCCAGUCCUGGAUAGUCUACUAACUGCCAGAGUGAUUAACGAACAAGAACAUAAUGUUAUUAAACAGAAAACACAAACAUCUUUACAAGCAAGAGAACUGAUUGAUACUAUUUUAGUAAAAGGAAACAUUGCAGCUACCAUAUUAAAAAACUCUCUACAAGAAAUUGAUCCCAUGUUAUACCAUAAUUUAUUUGUGCAAAAAGACAUAAAGUAUAUUCCCACAGAAGAUGUUUCAGAUCUACCAAUGGAAGAACAAUUAAGGAGACUACAAGAAGAAAGAACAUGUAAAGUGUGUAUGGACAAAGAAGUGUCCAUAGUGUUUAUUCCUUGUGGUCAUCUUGUAGUAUGCAAAGAAUGUGCCCCUUCUCUAAGAAAAUGUCCUAUUUGUAGAGGUACAAUCAAGGGUACAGUUCGUACAUUUUUGUCAUGAAGAAGAUCCAAAACUUUGUCUAAACUUUUAGAAUGAAUGGAUUAAAAUAUAUUGUAUCUUUUAGUUCUUACACUGAUUUGGUUUUCUUAAAAAAUUCUAUUUAUUUACAACUUUGAAAAUUGUUUUAUAUAAAUAUAAUUUAAAUUUAUAUAAAGACAUAUAUACAUAUAUGUGUGUGUGUGUAUACAUAACAUAUAAGAGCACAGACCACUUUUGCUGGUUGUUUGUUCUUUGUUAAGUACUUGCCUGUGCCUCAGUUGUCUUAUCGGUAAAAUGAGGAUUCUAGUACCUACCUCAAAGGGCUGUUGUGAGGUUGAAAUUAGUAAAUACAUGUAAAGUGCUUAGUACAGUGCUUUAGAUACCAAAAGAAUCAUCUUUUGAACAAAAAAUAGGGAAAGCACUACAAACACAAUACUAAAUGAAAAUUUCACAUUACUGAAAUUGUAAGUGAAGUAAAAUCUAAGAUUCUUGAGUUAACCUUUCAGAAUUUUAAAUAUUUGUAUUAAAGAGAUGUAUUUAUAACCAGGAACGUAGAUUCUCUGUCUUUUCAAGCAGUUUCCUAUAUGUAGGUCUUAAAUUUGUUGAAUGACUUUUCAGUGACAAGGUGAAUUUUUUGUUUUUGUAAAGAAUUCUGUUAGGGCAAUUUAAUGAAGUAACAAAAAUCGU